AGACCCGAACCUUUCCGGAAAAUCCGAAGGGCCGCCUCAGGCUUAGGCUUUUCGAAGCGCUUCUGGGAGGACUUUAAAAAAAAAAGAAAGAAAGAAGAAAGGCAUAGAACUGUCCUAGCGGACGACAAGGAGACCCACAAGCCUAUUUCAAAAGCUCUUUCCGGAGAGAGCCGAGGACUUCCGUUAACACCCGAAGCUACCUCCGGAAGUUGCCGAACUCAAGGGAAGGCGCCGCCGCGGCCUACUGCGUGAGGAGGAGCUGCUUAGCCUGAGCCCCUGUAGCAGGAACAGUAGCAGCAGCGACGCCGGGCCCGCACCGUCCUCCUUUUCCCCCUUCCUCCGUCGCCAUGUCCGAUUUCGACGAGUUCGAGCGGCAGCUCAACGAAAACAAACAGGAACGUGACAAAGAGAACCGGCACCGGAAACGCAGCCACAGUCGCUCCCGAAGUCGUGACCGGAAACGCCGCAGCCGUAGCCGUGACCGACGCAACAGGGACCAGCGUAGUGUCUCACGGGAUCGCAGGAGACGCAGGUCACCCCUAAACCUCACAGGUCCCCUCAGCCGUUCUCCCCGGCAUGAGAAGAAGAAGAAGGUUCGCAAGUACUGGGAUGUCCCGCCCCCAGGUUUUGAACACAUCACACCCAUGCAGUAUAAAGCCAUGCAAGCUGCGGGGCAGAUUCCAGCUACAGCCCUCCUGCCAACCAUGACUCCUGAUGGACUGGCAGUGACACCCACUCCUGUGCCAGUGGUUGGCAGCCAGAUGACACGGCAAGCCCGACGUCUUUAUGUGGGAAACAUCCCCUUCGGAAUCACUGAGGAGGCUAUGAUGGAUUUCUUCAAUGCUCAGAUGCGCCUUGGUGGUCUUACUCAGGCUCCUGGUAACCCUGUUUUGGCUGUGCAGAUCAACCAGGAUAAGAACUUUGCAUUUUUGGAGUUUCGCUCUGUGGAUGAAACUACCCAGGCUAUGGCCUUUGAUGGGAUUAUUUUCCAGGGACAGUCACUGAAGAUCAGACGCCCCCAUGAUUACCAGCCGCUUCCUGGCAUGUCUGAAAACCCCUCAGUCUAUGUUCCAGGUGUGGUGUCUACAGUGGUUCCAGAUUCUGCUCACAAGCUUUUUAUUGGGGGUCUGCCGAAUUACCUUAAUGAUGAUCAGGUCAAGGAGCUGCUCACCUCUUUCGGGCCCCUGAAGGCUUUCAACCUGGUGAAGGACAGUGCCACUGGCCUGUCAAAAGGUUAUGCCUUUUGUGAAUAUGUGGACAUCAACGUCACAGACCAGGCCAUCGCGGGCUUGAAUGGCAUGCAGCUGGGCGACAAGAAGCUGCUGGUGCAGAGAGCCAGCGUGGGAGCCAAGAACGCUACUCUGAGCACAAUAAACCAGACCCCAGUGACACUGCAAGUACCGGGCCUGAUGAGCUCACAGGUGCAGAUGGGUGGUCACCCCACCGAGGUGCUUUGCCUCAUGAACAUGGUACUGCCCGAGGAGCUCCUGGAUGAUGAGGAAUAUGAGGAGAUUGUCGAGGAUGUGCGUGACGAGUGUAGCAAGUAUGGAGUCGUCAAGUCCAUCGAGAUCCCCCGGCCUGUGGAUGGCGUUGAGGUGCCUGGCUGCGGCAAGAUCUUCGUGGAGUUCACAUCUGUCUUUGACUGUCAGAAGGCCAUGCAAGGCUUGACUGGCCGCAAGUUUGCUAACCGGGUCGUGGUGACCAAGUACUGCGACCCUGAUUCCUACCAUCGCCGAGAUUUCUGGUAGUCCAGCUCUGAGCCAGACCCAAGGGGUAUUUGAGGGGGCAGGGGCAGCUCGCUGGCCAGAGAGGCUCCUUUAGCAGCGUAGCCUGUUUAUAUUUUAUGGCCAAAAUCUCCUGUAUUUUUUUCUCCAACUGUCCCAAUCCCAUCCUUUUCUAUCCCUGCCACCAGCCCACCCAACCCCCCACAGUUUCCCUGUAAUGGUUACUCUGUAGUAGAAACGUUGUCUCUUAUCCCCAUAUUUCGCGUUCCCUCUCUGUGAUGUUUCUGAUUUUUUGCUAAGAGGAAUUUUGCUCUCAAAAAAACAGGCCCAUUUUGUUGUAUUUUCCUUUCCUCUGCGCUGUGUGUAUGGACAACUAUUUCUCUAGCAUUGUCUCUCAUAAAUAAACAUUUUUUCCAAUUC